UGUUUUUAAAAAUAGAAAAUAGAGCAUUUGCAAAAGAAUAUACCAAAAGCAAUAAAUAUUUUUUGUUUCUAAAUUUUUUUCAUUUUUAUUUCCACAUAAUGAAUGGAUUUCAAUAUUGUAAACAUACUUCAGAUAAAACAAAAUAUUUUAUUCUUUUUAUAUAAUAAUUGGACCAAACAUUACGAAAUUAAAAUAUAGAUCUUGUUCUUGGGGCAUCUAGAAUGUGCUUUAAUCUUUUGAAUACCCAUGAGAAACCUAUGAAUAAUAAAACAAAGUCAUGUAUGUGUCUUCCUUUGUCAUGUUUAAAUGAGAAAUCAUGCAAGAGAAAGUGUGAAGUAAUGGGACUUUCCAAUGAACAAAGUGACUUAGAUUCAUAUGAUUGUUUUUUUGGAAAUGAAAUGCCUGUAUAUAUGGGAAAACCACAUGGAAGUUCAAAAGUAAAUGAUUUUGUUUUAAAAGGUUCUCCUAACAUUGGAAAAAAAAUGCAGAAAGAUAUAGAGGUUGAUCGUGGUACAUUAAAAGAUAUUUUUCAAAUAAAUCCUCAAUAUGGUGAUAGAAGUGUAGGAGAAAUUAUUAAAGGCUUAUCAAAAAAUUCAUCUAGUUUAAGAACUCUUGAAUUAAAUAAACUAUUUAAUGACCCCUUAGAUAACGAAAGCAGAUAUACUGAUCUAAUAACAAUGAAUGUAAAUCCUCAACAAAUACUUGGAAAAGAUAGCUUUAAUUUGUUAAAUAGGGAACUUGGAACUAUACCAGAAAAUGAAGUCUUACAUUGUUUUUAUACAACAUAUUAUAGAACAGAUCCUCAUAUAUAAUUUUAUUAUAAAAAAAAAGAGAUGAUUAGCCGGUUUUUUUUAUAACUGUUAAUUAUAUUUAAAAAAAUAUUAAAACGUUUUAUAGAAUUUUAUC